AUGCCGUCCGACAUCGGGGCGCAAGUAGCCAACACUCAACCGGAAGUCAACUUCGAGGUCGUCGCUGGAGCACCUAACCCGCUCACGCUGGAUAAUCUUGAUCAGCUCAACCCGUUAGGCGGAAAAGAUGUAUACCUCACGUCGAAGGUUGACAUCACAACAAACCCGGCCUGGCUAAAUGGCGCCAGGCCUGACUCAAGCGGCAAGAUCAGCGGCGCAACGCCCUGUGUUGUCAUUGUGAACGAUAAAGGCAGCGGCAACGUUGAUGCUUUCUACAUGUACUUCUGGGCAAACAACUGGGGUGGCGAAGUCCUCGGCAAGAACCUUGGCAACCACGUAGGGGACUUCGAGCAUAACAUGAUCCGCUUCCAAAAUGGGGUUCCGAAAGCCGUAUGGUAUUCUCAACAUGGCAACGGUCAAGCCUUCAAGUACUCCACCGUAAAGAAAUCCGGCUUGCGCCCCCUCGUCUACGUCUCCAAAGGCAGCCACGCCCUCUAUGCCAUCACUGGGAAACACGAUCACACGAUUCCGAACCUGAAUCUCCCCUUCGGGCUGCUCGUAGACCACACCGACGCCGGCAUCAAAUGGGAUCCGUUGCUCAGCACCUGGUAUUACACCUACGAUGGCGCCAGCAGCACAUUUGCCGCGCGCAGCGAGGGCGUUCCAACGGCUUGGCUAUACUUCGAGGGUAGAUGGGGCGACCGGGAAUACCCGAAAUCAGACCCGAGACAGAAGGAGUUUUUCGGGGUGCCGAAGUAUAGCAGUGGGCCUACGGGGCCGAAGGAUAAGCAGCUGAAUCGGGAGAAGGUGUGUCCGGAUAAUGGGCAGUUGUGUAUUGUGAGGAAUAUUCUGGUGCCGUGA